UUCCGAACUGUCAAAACAACAAUGCAGGAUUGGCGUUACAGAUUUGACGUUGCGUGGGCGGGCGAUCGAUGAACCGACACGACGCGGAAACCCCGUAACCCCGAUGAAUAAAAAUUUGUAUUUAUCGGGAAGGAGCUGCGUCAGAGAUCAAGGUACACAAGCAUCGGCCUACGUCGAUAGAUAAAACAAACUUGAGAAUCGUUAGAUCUGUCGAACAAUAGCCAGAGUGUACUUGGUCCCGAGAAUUCUAACGGCAGUGAAAAUUAUCAAGGCAUGGAUCGUAUUUGGGAAGAAAAUGCAGGAUGCGAGGAGUCCACUGCGGCGACAAAGACUGGGUCCUACAAAAUUCAGGCAUUGGAUAGAGCGCUGGAAAUACCAAGCGUUCAUUAUCUCUGGGAUAAAUCGGCACAAAUUUAUAGCCGUGUCAAAGGUGCAAACACCGUGGUUCACCGCGCCUUGGAUACUGUCGAGCAUGUCGUCUGCCUCGUCGUUGAAAAAACUUGUACACCCGUCGCUCGUCUCAUGGAGAAACCCAUUUUUAAUUUGGACCAGACUCUGUGUCAAGGCAUUGAUUUUGUUCGAGUGAAAUUACCGAUCAUAAAAGAAGACCCGAAGCAAAUUAUCGAUCGCACUAAGCUGAUCAUGCUGGAGAGUAUCGAGCCGGCGGUCCGAACACUGAAGGAGCUGAAGGAGGAAACUGAGGAUUAUGUAAGCGUGAUAAAGAUCCGUACAAAUUACAAAGUGCAUUAUCUGAGAACGUACAGUUGGGAACAAGCGGAUCGAGUUAUGUCUACCGAGACCGGUGUGACGAUAUUGAAAACGGUAGACAAUACCACCGAGAUGGCCAAGCUCCUUUUAGACAAGUACUUGCCGGCACCAGAGGAAGAAGAUUUCUACGAUGCGGACGAUGGAUGCACGGAGCACGACAAUCUGCAUCACACGAUGCUGAGGUUGAGCGAGUUCAGCAGCAGAGCCUCUCGCAGAAUCUACUUUGCCCUUAUGGACAGAUUGCAGCACAUGUACAAGAUCGAAAUAAUCGUACUUAUUUUAUACGCUCUAGUCGUCAUACAAGUCGUUAAAGUAUUAGAAAUAUUUUUGACAGUUUUUUUGAAGAUUCUUAACUAUUCUUUUUAACAGUUACCACCGACCCGUUUUUAUUAUUCUAAUUUUUAACUCGUCUUCUCGGGGAUCAUAAAAUGCGCGUUCUUGUGACGAGAAAUAAUUUUCCAUCCCCAUGUACCUGCCUUCUUAGAAAUUCGUUUAUCCGCGGAUUACCGGUGGGUGAGAAGUGAUUUUGAAAUCCCAUGACUCUGACAGUCGUAUUAUUCAUUAAUUCAUUUAUUUAUUUAAUGUUUAAAAAAUACUCAUCGACUUUUUUUUUUUUUUACACGUAACAUGUA